AUGCAUCGAGAGCUAAGACGUUGUUGUAUAGUUGGUGGAAAUGCGGUUUCCGCGUUUCUAUCCUGGCGCUUACAGGCGACGAACGCCUGCGAUGUGACUUUGGUCUGGAAAGCAAACUACCAGACCGUGGCGCAGUAUGGCGUUUCUUUCAAAUCCCAAUUGUUCGGUAACGAGCGAUUCAAGCCACGAUACGUUGUCCAAACACCCGAAGAGGCUGCGAGCCAGCAAGCAGCUUUCGACUACGUGAUACUCUGUGUAAAAGCCCUCCCGGACGUCUACAACCUUGCAGACAUUAUCCAAUCUGUCGUCACUCCUCAACACACCUGCAUUCUGGUGAAUACAACAAAUACUCUCGGGGUGGAGCGGCAGCUGGAGGAGAGAUAUCCGUCGAAUGUCGUUUUGUCCCUCGUUUCAGGCGCCAACCUGACGCAACUCGGCUCCAGCGAAUUUGAACACACUGGAUCUACAGAAAUCUGGGUUGGCCCUGCAAGUCAGAACUCGUCUAUUCCAGAGACGAUUCAAAGGGACAUGUCCGAAGCCCUAGCGAUGACUUUGACAACCGCGCAGGUUGAUUGCAAAGUGUCGCCGAAUAUCAAGCAGCAACAGUACGAGAGGAUGAUUGGGCCCAUUGCUUUUUACCCUGCCAGUGUUCUUUUUGAGACCCCCAACCUCUCUAACCUGAUCCGAAUACCCGGCGUCGAGCACUUGAUCUCAGAAAUAAUUGAAGAGCUACUUCAAAUAGCCAUUGCACAAAACUGCGAAUUCAACGACGACUUCAAAAAGGCCACGAUAGAGGAUAUGCUUGCCAGCGGUCCGGAGCCAAGCACGAUGUUUCAGGAUUUCACAGCAAGGCGUCCCAUGGAGGUCGAGACCUAUCUUGGUUCUCCAGUGGAGAUAGGAAAGAGCGCCAAUGUGAAGGUACCACGGCUCGAGACGCUGUACACAAUGCUGCGCCAUAUCAACACUGUGAACAAAGACCGACCUCCUGCGAACACACCGCAACCCCCUGUGCCACAGUCAGGCAUGCCACUAUCCCCUUCCAUCAACCAACCUCCUCCUCGAUCCGUGUCUUUGUCAAACCCCCCGCCGCUGCGGCAACCCAAUGGCUCGCUGAAUGGUGGCCCAAGGCUUAUGAGGGGUCCUCCUAUGAUGGGAGGACCCAUGGGUCCGCCUGGAAGGCGAGGCCCUCCCCCUGUCGGUGGCUUCCGGGGCCUGCCAAAUGGUUAUCCACCUCGAGGGCCGAGCCAACUACAACGCCGGCCAUCCUAUGACGAGACCAAUUUGGACGAGUUCAGUCAUGUCGUUCUCUACGAUGAUUUGCCUGACGGUGAUGUAGCUGGAGGAGCGUACCCAGAUAACGGUGUUCCUGGCGGGAUCUCUAUGCGUGAGAGGGAGCUUAUGCUUCGGGCAAAGGAGUUACACCUCAAACAACAAGAGAUGGCGAUGAAAGGUCGAAGUGGACGGAGAACAUCACAUAAUCGUCAUCAAGAUUUUGAUGACGACGAUGAUGACGAUGACUAUUUCGAUCCCAUACAAGCACGCGGUCCUCCCCCACCGCCGAUUGAUCCCGACAAUUUCGAUAUGAUGAGCGUGACUUCGAGGCGAACGAAGAAAGCCAGCAGCCAAAACCAGCUUCGCAAGGACGUGUUCGCAAACGGUAAUGGCAUGCGCCCCGGAUCCUAUGGAAGACCCAACCCUGGAAAACACCGAACCAGCACUCAAAUACUAUCCGACAUGCCGGUUCUAGGCUCCAACAUCCUUGAUAACCCGAUGAUGGGUUUCGCCUCCAACCGUUACGGUGCGGUGGACCGAAAAGAAAUGGCCGAUGAAUCACGUGCGAACUCGUUGACAGCAAGUCGUCUUCAAGAAAUCGGUGUCAAUGGAGGACCAUACCCCGGGCCGCCUAGUCGUCGGACAAGCCGGUCACCAGGAAAUCCUUUCGGCCCCCAUGGGAGGGUGCCAGGUCGGCCCUCACCACCCAACGACCCCUACAUGCACCCUGGGCCUCCCCGCAAUGGCCGACCAUCACCGCCUGGAGGUAUGCAAGCACCAGUACCGAGAUAUCCUCCUGGUCCGGGCGCCAUGAUCCAUCCACAGCAAGUCGAACAGGCUGGGGUGAGCAAACCCUUCCCACCGCCCAAAGUCCCUGUCAAAAGUCUAACUGGAAGUGCCAGUGCUAGCGCGGGAAGUGGUGAUAGUGGCAGUGCCAACAUUGAAUCUGAGCCUUCGGCUCACAGCAGUACGAGCAGCUUCGUAGCUCGGCAAAUGCUGAGUGCGCAAUAA